CUAGGAGCCUGGGCAGGGCGUCGUCCAGACGACUGGGUCGCACCCCUCGGGCAUCGGGGGCGGAGCUGACCGCGCCCCGAGCCCGCCUCCGCCAGUUACUCAAGAGGGGUGCUCUUCUAGUCGCGAAGCUGGAAGAGUAGGAAUCUCAGCGAGAAUACCCACUGGCUGCCUUUCUCAGCGUCCAAGCCGCGCCAUGCUCGUCCUCCGAAGCGGCCUGACAAGGGCUCUGGCCGCGCGAAAGCUCGCGCCCCAGGUAUGCUCAUCUUUUGCUACAGGCCCCAGGCAGUAUGAUGGAACAUUCUAUGAAUUUCGUACCUAUUAUCUUAAACCCUCAAAGAUGAAUGAAUUCCUGGAAAAUUUUACAAAAAAUGUUCAUCUUCGGACAGCUCACUCUGAAUUGAUUGGAUACUGGAGUGUAGAAUUUGGAGGCAGAAUGAACAAAGUGUUCCAGAUUUGGAAGUAUGAUAAUUUUGCACAUCGAACUGAGGUUCGCAAAACCUUGGCCAAGGAUAAGAAAUGGCAGGAACAAUUUCUCAUUCCAAAUUUGCCUCUGAUGGAUAAACAAGAGAGUGAGAUUACUUAUCUGGUACCAUGGUGCAAAUUGCAAAAACCUCCAAAAGAGGGAGUCUAUGAGCUUGCUACUUUUCAAAUGAAACCAGGUGGACCAGCUCUGUGGGGUGAUGCAUUUCAAAGGGCAGUUCAUGCUCAUGUCAUUCAAGGCUACUCAAAAUUAGUUGGAGUAUUUCAUGGAGAAUAUGGACUACUCAACAGAGUUCAUGUUCUUUGGUGGAACGAGACUGCAGAUAGUCGCGCAGCUGGCCGACACCAGGCACAUGAGGAUCCCAGAGUGGUGGCUGCCGUUCGGGAAAGUGUCAAUUAUCUAGUGUCUCAGCAGAAUAUGCUUCUGAUCCCUACAUCAUUUUCACCAUUGAAAUAACUUUCCAUUGAAAUCCAAAGCAUUUCAUUAACUAUGAAAUUAAUUGCCAUAAGAUAUGUCUGCUAAUGGUGCUUAAAUUCUCCCAAGAGACUCUCCCUUUUACUUGAAGGAGGUGGUAAGUUAAUUUGCUAUGUCUCGGAAUUUUUAAAGUCACUUUUGUCCAUUUUCACUAUCACCUCAGGAAAUUGUUCUGUUCAUUUUCCUCAGGGCAUUCAUUAGCUAUUAUACAUUAAAAAAAUAGUAUCAUUAUGACAAGAUCUUGAUUUUUCAAUUCUUUCAGAAUAUCUUACUCUCUAAUUCGGUAACCCUCUCCUUUUAUAGCAUUUUUGUUCAAAUAAUGAUGUUACAUUUCCAAAUGAUAAUAUUUUGAAAAUUUUUAUAUACAUUUUGCAUUGUCUUUUUUUCUAAGAUUUUAAAAGUUUUUGUCCAGUAAAGUUUAUUUUGUAAUAACAAUGGGGUUCAUUAAGUAUUAAACUUUUUUUAUUUUUUCUAUGGAAAAGUUCGGUAUCAUUUGGAUUAUCUGUAUUAAGAUUUCCGCAUUAUUAAUCACUUUCAAAAUGAUGUUAUUAGGUUCUGGUAUUAAAACUCAGUUGGUUUAUAGGAUGAAAUGUCUUCACAUACAGUUAUUUUUACUAAUUUUCUUACAAUUAAUUUUACUAAUUUUAAUUUUAUGUUGGAUCACUAACAAAGAUACUUGAAACAUUUGUUUUAAAAAGAUAUUGUGGUCAUGGAAAUGUUUGCCCUAAUAAAAGCCUAUAUACACAUUCUGAUUUUUUUUAA